CAACCCAACCCAACCAAGCACCAUGGUUAAAGCAAUUAGAAUUCAUGAGCACGGAGGCCCUGAGGUGUUGACAUGGGAAGAUGUUCAAGUCCCGGAUCCAAAAGAAGGAGAAAUCAGAUUGAAGCAAAAGGCAGUUGGUCUAAAUUUCUUGGAUGUGUAUAUGCGUCGAGGUGAGCAGAAUCUAGCUCCGCCCUUGCCAUAUAUCCCAGGUAUGGAAGGAGCCGGAGUUGUAACAGCGGUGGGUCCCGGAGUAACCAGUUGCAAAGUCGGAGAUGUCGUGGCUUACGCCAGCGCGGAGGUGGCCGCCGCCAUUUUUAAGGGACUCACUGCACAUGUCUUGAUCCAUAAAGGCUUUAAAGUUGAACCUGGACAUACGAUCCUGGUACAUGCGGCAGCAGGUGGAGUCGGAUCUGUGGUUUGUCAAUGGGCAAAUGCGAUUGGAGCCACCGUCAUCGGAACGGUGUCGACCAAGGAGAAGGCUGCGCAGGCGAAAGAAGAUGGAUGUCACCAUGUGAUUCUUUACAAAGAGGAGAACUUUGUGGAUCGUGUGAUGGAGAUUACAUCAGGCAAAGGGCUGGAAGUAGUCUACGAUUCGGUCGGAAAAGACACCUUCAAUGGAUCAUUAGCGUGCUUAAAGAACCGUGGAUACAUGGUGCUUUUCGGGACUGCCUCAGGUGUACCAGAGCCUCUGCGAGUUGAACAGAUUGCACCCAAAUCACUCUAUUAUACCUUUUCAUCGAUCACAGAAUACACAGUUGAAAAUCGAAAGGAGCUGCUUGUGGCUGCUCAAGACUUGUUCUCUAAUAUUGCAAAAGGAGUGUUGAGGAUUCGUCUUAAUCACAAGUAUCCUCUGUCUCAAGCAACCCAAGCUCAUAUUGAUCUUGAGAGUCGAAAAACAUCGGGAUCGGUUGUGUUGAUCCCAGACGAGGAGUGAUUUCAUAAGUUUCAUGUUUGUUUGUAUGUUUACUGUUUUCCAUCUAUCUCGUUUUUUGUUUCUUGUAUUCCAACGGACCUUUGUAAUUUUUUGUGGAGGAGGACUACAUAUCCAACACCAAAUUCAAUUUUGUAAUAUAACGUCACUGUUUUAUUUAUUCUGUUCCUCUGUAUUGUUUUCUAAAGUAUCCUAAUUAUCAUAACUAUAG